AUGUCACAUAAUACUGUAAACCAGAGCUUUGUGACCACAUUCAUCCUCAUAGGCUUCUCAGAUUACCCAUACCUCCAGGCACCCCUCUUCCUCAUAUUCUUGACCAUCUACACAAUCACUCUUAUUGGAAAUUUGGGAAUUAUUGUGGUCAUCAGGGUUAAUCCUAAACUUCAUACCCCCAUGUACUUUUUCCUCACCCACCUUGCGUUUUUGGACAUCUGUUAUUCCAGUGUGUUUACACCCAAACUCCUAGAGAUUUUGGUUGUGGAAGACAGAAGUAUCUCCUUCCAAGAAUGCAUGACACAAUUUUUCUUCAUUUGCACAUUUGUGAUUACAGAAAUGUUUAUGCUGGCUGUGAUGGCUUAUGACAGGUUUGUGGCCGUGUGUAAUCCUCUGCUCUACACAGUUGUGAUGUCCCGCAAGCUCUGUGUUCUCCUCGUAGCUGGGACUUACCUAUGGGGUGGCCUCUGCUCUGUCAUACUCACUUAUUCCCUAGGGCAACUAUCUUACUGUGGACCUGCAAUUAUAAAUCACUUUGGUUGUGAGUACUCUGCAGUCAUCUCUGUGUCUUGUUCUGACUCAUCGUUCAGCCAGAUUGCCUGUUUCAUCAUUUCCAUACUUAGUGAGUCCUGCAGCCUCCUGAUCACCCUGGCUUCCUAUGUGGUGAUAGUUGUCACCAUCAUGAAGAUGCCCUCCAAAGGUGGCCUGAGGAGAGCCUUCUCCACCUGUACCUCCCACCUUACGGCCAUCACUAUCUUCCAUGGGAUCAUUCUCCUACUCUACUGUGUGCCCAACUCCAACAGCUCAAUGCUCCUGAUCAAAGUGGCCACCGCCCUUUACACAGUCAUGAUCCCCAUGUUGAACCCCCUUAUCUACAGCCUGAGGAACAAGGAUGUGAAGGAGACAGUCAGGAGGCUCAUCCACUCCAAACUGCAUCCUCACUUGGUGUAA